AUGACAGCUGAAGUGGCAGUUGUUGUCACCGUUGUUGUUGCCGUGGUUGUCUGUGUAAUUGUUGACGCAGCAUUGGUGGUCGAAACCGUGGUGGAGGCUGUGGUCGAGGCUGUGGUCGAUGUAGCCACUGAGCUGGCAACAGUCGACUGGGUGGACACAGUGGUUGACGCAACAGAGCUGGCGGUCGAGGAAGCCACUGAGCUGGCAACAGUCGACUGA